ACCAAAUAACUAAAACAAUAGAAAAUUAGAGAGAGAGAGAGAGUCGUUGUCAGGCAAUGGAAUGUUGAGGCGCGCGGGAGAGUGAGAGGAGGGAGAGUCGAUCUCUGGUCGCGGGGUUUCUGUCAGGGAUUGGAGGCAGCGGCGAGAGAGGGAAAGGCCAGUCUCUCCCCGCCCUCUCCCUCCCCCAGCUAAUAUUUUGAAACAAGAGAGACUCUUGAUUGGUUUCUCUUUCGUUCACAUCCUCGUCGAGAGAGAGAGAUAGAUAGAGAGAGAGAGAGAGCGCUUUUUACACAUCUCGCCAUUGGAUUGCCUCCAAUCGAAGUCUACGUGAAUUGGGGCUCCGUGGAACCCUAGCUCAUUCUGCGUCGGGCUACUGAAUUUGGGUUUUCUUGGCUCCCGCUUUGUUGUGUCCCUAAUGGCGGUUGAUCAGAACUCUGUGGCAAAGGACCUCAGGCCGUUGAGUGGCGGACGGAAGGUCGUCGACGAUCCCCGUCUGGCCUCGGUUCAUGGUGUUCCCGCGAGUGGUGGCGUUGCGAGUAGCCCGAUGUCUAGGUUGGGUUUUGAAAGAGAUGCGCCUUUCUGGGGUUGUGAUCCUUGCGAGGCUGGGGUGCAUGACGGAAGCGCAGAGUCGAGUGUCAUUUGGAAUGGGCAAGUAAUGCCACCACCUCCGGCGGGAGAUUUUCAAGGGAAUUGGGUGAGGGGUGAUGCCAUGGAUCAACCAUCAUCGGGGGAACCGGCCCGGCAUUUGUCUAAUGAGGGGUCGAGCAGCAGGCAUGGUGGCAGUGGUGGUGCUGGAUGUGAAGAUAGUUCCAGUGGUGCUGGCUCUGGACACGAUGCGGAUACCUUGAAUUCAGGUAAUGGUUUGGGUAAUGUUGAAGGGUUAGAUGACUCUGGGGCAAAGAAGGUGAAAUUUCUCUGCAGUUUUGGUGGUAAGAUCCUGCCUAGACCGAGUGAUGGAAUGCUUAGGUAUGUGGGCGGGCAGACUAGAAUUAUCAGCACCAGAAAGGGUGUCAGCUAUCAAGAACUGAUGCACAAGAUGCAAGAGGCUUAUGGGCAGUCGGUGGUGAUAAAAUACCAACUCCCCAAUGAGGAUCUUGAUGCUUUGGUGUCAGUUUCUUGCGACGAAGAUGUGGAGAACAUGAUGGAAGAGUACGAUAGGCUAUUGGCAGGGCCGGUGGAUGCAUCAUCUUCUUCUAAGCUUAGACUAUUUCUUUUCUCUGCCGAUGAGAUUGAUCAGUCUGGAAUCAUGCAGUUUGGAGAUGAACAAGAUUCAGGUCAGAGAUAUGUCGAGGCCGUGAAUGGGAUAAUGCCGGAGACUGCAAUCAAAAGAAAGGACAGUGUGUCUACAAUAAACUCUGAUGGCCUGCCAGGUGGUGGUGAUGUUACAGAUGCCACUCCUACAGGCCAGAUUGAUACAGGGGCCAUGGCCCCUCCUUCCCCAUCUCUAAUAACACUUAGCCCAGUCUCUAGUGAUGCUGCUUGUUUGCCAUAUCUGCACUCUAAUAAUCCAUUGGGGUUCACAGAAGUGCCAGUUGCAGGAGGCAAGUUCCCCAUAGCUCCCCCAAUGAGGCAACAGGAUGAUGGUAUACAAGUCACCAAGCCACUGAAUAGUACUAGCGGAUUAGAUUCUAGAUCUGAGAUGGUAUCCUUUGAGUUACAGAAUAUGCAGAAUGCAGGACAUACUAACACGUUUAAAGGUGUUCAUAAAGACUUGCAUGGCAGACCGGACUACAGGAGCUAUCUGGAUCCUGAUAUCCUCUCGAAUGAAUUUGCUUCUCAACCUGCUUCUCAAAUUUCCCAUCUGGAUGCCCAAAUGGUACGCAAUGCUGCCCUUGGUUACAGACUGCCUGACCAUCUGUUGCAACAGCCCGGUGACAUUGUUGGUGUUCCUCCAAAUCCUUUUCAUGCUAUGCAGGCUGGGUAUGUGGUGUCAGGCACUACUCCAUCGUCUCAACACAUUGUAUCUACUUCUUCAUCUCCUCAAGCAAACAUGAGCCUGAAUAUAGACCAGCAUUUUGUUCCCUUGAUGCAAAUUCAGACUGAACAAUUUCCAGAGCGAAGUCUUGUUGGCACGGGGGUUCAAGGCAAUCUGGUUUACCAAGCACCUCAGUUGCAAGCUGCCACUCAGUUAUCAGGGCAACCUUCCAAGCAGCUAAACGCACUACAUCAGAUUCCACUGCCAGAUCACCUCUGCCCAGAAGGAUGGGGUGGCCUGCAUUCAGGAAUCCUGCCUGAGAGGGCCACAAAAUUGGAGGACUGUUAUAUGUGUCAGAAAGCAUUGUCACAUGUUCAUUCGGAUACUCACCUACAGGAGAAUGGGUACGAUAUGAAAUCUGUUUAUGAGUCCAAUCCUGCUAUUCAUUCUUGUUAUUCAGAAGGAUCUGUGAAACCUGGUUCGCCAAACUGGCCUUCUAGACCCACUGUGCAGGCUACAGUUGAGUGUCAAGCAACUGGAAACUGGCAAAAGUCUGUAGCAAAUAAUGAUCAUGUAACUGCUUAUCAUAUGCCCACACAUGUGUCUGGACCUUAUAAAUUCUGUCAGAUGCCUGAAGAGCAAUAUGAUCCUGAUUUGAUUCUUCAACCGAAAGUGGAGAAAUUUAAUUGUUCUGGGCUAUUGCCUCCUCGAGAUCAAGGUAUCAUGUUGGAUAUACCUAGCAUGAGCCGGGAAAAUCAUGGACUUGUGCCAGAAGGUCCAAAUGAGUCUGUUUCCAAGAAGUUUGCAGUUGUUUUGCCAUCUGCUGAGAUAGAGAAGUCUUAUGGUCAACUUAAUAAUCCUUCUCAGUCUCAUCAAGAUGUUCUUCAAUCUUUUGGGCAACCUGGUUCACAUGUUAAACAAGAUCUUAGAAAGGAUGCAUUUGGCCUCAUUGAUACCUCUGCAUCAACAGGUGUACCCUUUACAAUUAUCGGAAGCUCUAGUCAGGAUUCUCUUGCGGAAUUGCCUUCAAGGCAUCGUCCUGUUUCACCGAGUGAAGGUUUUUCUCCUCCCACUUAUUCUAGAGCAACUGAAGGGAUAACUGAAGCACUUUCUGUGAACCCAUCAAAGCCUAUGCUAAGUCAGCAGUAUAAGCCACCUUUUGAUCUAAAUUCAGCACCUCCAAAGGAAGACAGCAUGAAGUGCAAAUUGUUGGAUGCAGGGCUGCGACUAAGUGCUAGACAAGGUUGCACGACUGUUGAUUCAAAUGCUAUUAUUGCAAAUGAAGAGAUCUUGCCGGAUCUACCCAGUACCUCAGUGAACAGAAAACAUAUAAUAAGUCCUACUAGUCAGGCAGCAGCUAUUUUUGAUGAGAAUUGCAUCAAACCCAUUGAUCCCCUGGCUACUAACUCUACACAUGAUGUGUUGGUUCAGAAUAUUCAACCACAAGUAUCAAACAGCAUUUCUCAUCUACAAGGGCAGCAUGGGUCAUUUCCAGAUUUGGAGUCCCAUUGUGAGCCUACUCUCUCUACUGAUCCAUGGAAUGGUUUGACUGCACCUCAGUGUAUCAGCUCUAUGUAUGGCACCGGGAAAGACAUGGGUAGUGCUCAUGUUUUGGAAGAAGACGCUCUAAGAGGUGGUCUUGGUAACCUUGCUGUUCCUUCUGUUGGUGUCUCAUUUCCAUUGGAUGUCCCCAGUAACAACGGUAAAUGGGAAGGGGAGUUUCUGGAUCCACUAGCAUCGAGAUUACCAUCAAGCACAUGCAUAUCCGAUCCUUGGGAUUUAGUACAAGAUGCGGCAGCGAACCUUAUGCCAGCAAUCAAACCUGUUACUCCUAAAGUGUUUGUUCCAACAGACGCAUAUAAGCACAGUUUCUCAGAGAUAUGUGGCAGUUUAGGCACUUCAUUGGAAGUUGAAAAAUUAAGUUUGAGCCAACAAUCAAAUAUGGGUGAUGAAGCAAGAUCAAACAAUGAUUUGUGCUUAGAACAUUUUCCAGGCCACGAAGCAUUAGAUGCCUUUGUGGAUGAUCCUGUUAAAAAAGAGCUUCAAGCUGUUGCUGAGGAUGUGGCAACAUCAGUUCUCCAGUCUUCACUGACUGGUAGUCCUGUCCUAUCCACUUCUCCUGUGCUUGGUGUGGGUGGCGAAGAGAGGAAUGAUGAUGUUCCAUUGGACAGUGUGCAGACAUCGGUUGAUUCCAUGGCUGAGUGUUUUAGGGCCAAAAUUUUGGAAAUUUCGAGGUCUGGCUUACCCCUUUCUGAGGAUAUUGGCCGCUUACAGAUCAUAAAAAACAGUGAUCUGGAGGAGUUGAGGGAAUUAGGUUCUGGAACAUUUGGAACUGUCUAUCAUGGAAAAUGGAGGGGUUCUGAUGUGGCAAUAAAGCGAAUUAAUGACAGAUGUUUCUCAGGGAAGCCGUCAGAGCAACAACGCAUGAGAACUGAUUUCUGGAACGAGGCGUGUAAACUUUCUGAUCUACACCAUCCAAAUGUUGUGGCUUUUUAUGGAGUUGUUCUUGAUGGUCCUGGUGGGACUGUGGCGACAGUUACUGAAUAUAUGGUUAAUGGUUCACUCAGGCAAGCUCUGCAUAAAAAUAAUAGGAUACGUGAGAGGCGUAACCGUAUCUACAUUGCUAUGGAUGUGGCUUUUGGUAUGGAAUAUUUGCAUGGAAAGAAUAUAGUGCAUUUUGACUUAAAAAGUGACAACUUACUUGUCAAUCUAAGGGACCCUCAGCGCCCUAUAUGCAAGGUUGGAGAUUUGGGUUUGUCAAAGGUAAAACGUCAGACGCUAAUUUCUGGUGGCGUGCGGGGAACACUUCCCUGGAUGGCUCCAGAGCUUUUGAAUGGUAGCAGCACGUUGGUUUCUGAAAAGGUUGACGUGUUCUCUUUUGGGAUUGUGAUGUGGGAGCUUCUAACUGGAGAAGAGCCAUAUGCGGACUUGCACUAUGGAGCCAUCAUAGGUGGUAUUGUCGGUAAUAGAUUGCGGCCCCAGGUCCCUGAUCACUGCGACUCUGAUUGGAAGUCUCUUAUGGAGAAAUGCUGGUCAACAGAUCCAUCUGACAGACCAAGUUUUACUGAGAUAGCUAGCACCCUGCGCUCAAUGGCAGCUGUCCAACAAUCAAAAGGACAAAAUUCUCAGCCUCAGGUUCAGAAGUAGGCGAAUCCUUCGGCCAAAUUUUGGUUCUGAACUGGCAUUUGUGCAGUUGUGUCCAAGUUGCAGGGGAAGGGAGCUGCUUAUAAUUUAUCUGACAAAGAUGGUUCGGAUGAAUUCGCAGUUGUCAUCAGAAUGAGCAGAUUCCAGUUGUAUAGAUUUGUCGGUUGGUUAGACACUAGAGUCUCAAGGUUUAUAUUUUUUGGAGGAUGGUCAUGACCUUUGCCUAUAUACGUAAUAAUGUGUGUGAAAGUUGCGUUACUGCAUGUCAAUACAUAAACAGAAAAAAAAGGAAGAUUAGUUGGUCGUUUUCUUUUUUGGGUAA